GUUUUCAUCUUUUUACAGGUUCUUGCCUGUUUCUUACUAAACCCUGAAGGAUUGUGGGACAUGUAGGACACACAUGAUGUAUUCACUGGGCACCACUCUUAUCAUGUCAGCUAUACGUGUUAUCAUAGUUUUCAAAACACCUGCAAUCCUCUUACAUGCAUUGAAAUAUUACACAUCCAAGAAAAGUUUUAUAAAGAAACGGAAUAAAGCAAAUACACAACAUCUGGGACUGAAAUAAUCCCACAAACAUCUGUGUGUUGUGGUGGAGGAAGAUUUGACAUGUGUGCACUCAUGUUACGGGGGGUAUGAUGGAGUUGUUACCCUCCUGAAUUAUCGUAACACUGUAUAGCUGCUUCUAGACGUGCACUUAACUCCGGAUAAUCUCCUGGCUGUCUCUAGAGAGGCUGUAUGUGAGAAUGCAACUGUCCGAUUGAGAGGCUCCAGACUUUCUUCGUAAUUUCUCAAGCCAGCCCCCUAGUAAAUGCUCUGGAUAAUGUCUGAAUGAGCCGGUGUAAGAAUACAGGAGGAGAUCGUCCGCAGGAUUCACCGUGAGCACAUAACACCAGUGUUAUUUCCCUGUAAAUAAAAACACGUAAUCCCUGCAGCAGAAUGAAUAUGUUACAUCCUGCCUCUGCCUGCUGCACCACCCCUCUAUAACAAGAUGUGGGUGUGUUUGUGUCUAAAACGGCUAAUGAGAACUAUUGACUGUUAUAAAGCAUGAGAAAAUGGUUGGUUUUCUUGAUUCAGUGUAAUUUGAUGCAAAUACUAAAUAAUAACGUAUUGCAACCGUAUUUUAUCGUAGCCACUUUGGCUACUAGCUAGUUGGUAUUAUCUAGCAUGUAUGACAUACUAUAUAUGCCAUUUGACCUCACCCUUCCAAUUUUCCACCGAAAGUUAUGCCCUUGUGUGCAGUUGAAAACAAGUUAUUUUACUUUUGGUUUGGAGAUUUUUUCAGUGCAUCCAAAUAAAGCAGAAACCUCAGGGAACAUGUUCUUCUAGUCAGGGUGGUGAAACAACCAGAGCCCACGUGCUGUUGUCAAGAUGCAAGAGGAAGUGUAGCCUGCCUCAGGGCACUAGGGUUUUAAUUGCGCAAUGCACAUAUCAGGUGUCAAUACCUCUGAAAUGAUGGGUGUGUUUGUGCGAAUCUUGCAGAAAGAGGUGUAAGGCUUUGCAGAACGUUGCAAUGAAAGUAAUUCAAAGAAAUUAGGGUACCUCUGAGAUCUUCCUACGAGGUGCGUUCAAUAACCCUCGGGCACACCAUCGUGUGGCUAUGUCCGCUAGCUUCGCUACUUCUGGUAGAGGACAUUUAGGCUAAAAACAUGGUGUAAAUGACCCGUUCAAGUCCAAUAUGAAUGUCGGGGCUUGCAGAUACUUGGAUGACACCACUAGAGCAGUAAGGAGGCAUUUUAUGUUUUUUCUGCUUUAUUACGUCUGAAGAAGAGGUCACCUGGGCUAAACACUGUUUACCCAUGAAACUUCUAAAGUGUUUUGUGGACACCACCCCUCCAUUGGCAUAGUGAAUGUGAAGAUGCCCCAUCCUGUCGCCUCCCUCUCUACGGAAACGCUCAUCUCCAAAACCUUCUCCUUGGACAUCUUUUCCACCAGCGUACUCCCCACAGACCCCUACACAGCGGCCAGCUUCAACGCCAGCAUCGGCAACUUAAGUGGGAUCGGAAUCCUUCGCUGCACCUAUAAGGAAGAUUUUAAACGUAUUCUGCUCCCUGCCGUGUACACGCUUGUUCUCCUGCUCGGCCUCCCUCUCAACUCCGCUGUCAUACUGAAGAUAUGGAGGACGAGGCCCAAUCUUUCCAAGAACAACAUCUACAUGCUCAACCUGGCCAUAGCCGACUUUCUGUAUGUGAUGUCACUUCCUCUACUCAUCUACAACUACGGCAGCCAUGACUACUGGCCUUUCGGGGAGUUUGCCUGUAAGCUGGUCAGGUUUCAGUUCUACAGUAAUCUACAUGGCAGCAUCCUCUUCCUCACCUGCAUCAGCGUGCAGCGCUACGUGGGCAUCUGCCAUCCUUUGGCGAUGUGGCACAAGCGGGGCAGUCGCAAGAUGACGUGGUGCAUCUGCGGAGGGGUUUGGCUGGUUGUUGCCAUCCUGUGCGCACCUACGUUUUACUUCGCCAAGACGGGAAUCCAGCGCAACCGCACAGUGUGUUACGACUUAAGCCCGCCGAAGCUCUCAGUGGCCUACUAUCCUUACGGCAUGGCUCUGACCUUCUUCGGCUUCUUGUUGCCUUUCAUGGGCGUGAUGGCGUGCUACUGCCGGAUGGCCCACAUCCUCUGUCGCCCAGUGUCCUACCAGGGUGUCUCCAUGGCGAGUGCAGAGAAGCGGGACAAGGCGGUGAGGAUGAUCAUCUUGGUGGCGGUGGUUUUCUGCAUAAGCUUCCUGCCGUUUCACCUCACCAAGACCAUGUACCUGGUGAUACGCACCCUGCCCAAUGCGCCUUGCGAGACCAGGAACAUGUUCUCAAUCAUCUACAAGAGCACCAGGCCGUUCGCCAGCAUGAACAGCUUUCUGGACCCAAUUCUGUUCUACUUCACACAACCACGAUACCGGCAGAGCACCCGGAGGUUUGUGCUCAGAGUCAGCAAACUCGGGGAAAAAGGCACGAGUGUGUGAGCGAACAUACAGUCAAACACUGCAGCAGGCUUGGUGGUUCACCAGUGAUGGAUCCUAGGAUUCUGCAAAGACUUUAUUUUUCACUGUAACAAGGAAGUGCACCUUCCUCAGAGGAUCUAACGGAUUUAGAGACACUGGUUUAUCAAGAAGCCUUAAAAUGCAGCAUAGGAACGUUGCAUUAUGAGCGAUAAACAUAGACCAAGAAAAGCAGGAGGAUGAAAUGAAUCAUAUCCUGCUCCUAUGUAAAUUACAAGUAUUUGGGCCACUUAAAUGGGGAAAAAAUGAGAUUUCAAGAAUUGUGAUAUCAUGAGAGUAAAGUCGUAUUACGAGAAUAAAGGGAAAAACAUUUUCUUUAGAAAAUAAGCAGCAAGGCGAUUCUGUACUUGUUGGAAUUUUUCUCCAUCUGGAUCCAAAAUCUUGAACCAAUCUCAAUGUUUCUUUACAAACAACAUAACCUCUCUGUCACAGAUGUCGUGAUCAAAGCAGUCGACCAAACAUUUCCUCCUCCACAAAAUAUGCAAUUUCCCUCCAGUCUGUGUGGUUCUUUUUUCAGAAUAGACACAGUUCCUUACACAGUCUUUUCAUAUUCCUGAUACUGAUGACAAUGCAAUAUUAUGACUAGUCAUGAAAUAUGGUGAAAGGGAAAUCUUAUUUCCCUUUAAGUGGUGCCUAAUACCCAUAUAUAUUCAUAGUACAUCACCCUUACACAACUCACUUUUAAUAAUUUUUUCUUUUCAUGUUUGUUUCUCACUGUGAAGUGUACAGUAAAGAUACACACUUUCCUCUCCCUCAGCAGGUCUCCACAGGUAUAUAGGACUUAUUUGUAUACAUGUGAUGUGGAGGUGAAGAUGUACAUAGUGAAGGAGAGAACAACUAAUUUAAUUUUGGGGAUAAAAUCCACGGUGUCACUGAGCCAUGUAAAAUGCUCAGAGUGACUGUCAAUGUUUAAGACUGCAUGUUGGACAUGAGGUACCUGUGUGUGGACAUUAAGUGGCACUGAGGAGAAACUUGCCUCAUGUUUAAAAAUGAAAUAUGUCGAAUGAGAAUUUUACAUUUAUAUGAAGGUUCCACUGUUCCUUUCUUUUAUAAAUGACAUGUUUCAACAUUAUCCAAGCUUUAUUGCAUGUAAUGCAUUAUUCACCACUAGAUGGCGUGUGCACUUCACUACUGUAUCACCACUGCACUGAAAAGUAAGAUUUCUUUAUUUACAUAUAAUCCAGUAAAGACCGUGUGUUAUUUACAGCAGUUUGGGGCAAAGUGACGUCAUCAAGACUGUUUAGUAAAUUUAUCAAACUCAUGACACAAAAUAUAUUCCGUCAAUGCAUUUGCCUUUUUUCAUCCAUGUAUUGUUGAGUAAACAGAGGAAAUCCUUUUUAAAUGUGUGUGCCAACAGAGGUGUUUAUACACUAAUACAUAAAAAAUCCUUAUAUAAUUCUCAAAGGGAUAAAACAUUCGAUUUAUCCACACUGGCAGCAUCUAAAUUAAGGUACAAGCUGCCGUUUUUCCACUUCCUGUCAGCAUGUGAAUUAGGAUUUCUGUUCCAAGACAUCAGCUCUGUGGAUGGAUGUCAGGUCUUAUACAGAUGAUAGAGUAGAGUAGUAAUAAUAGGGAAUAGAGAGAUUUAUAUAAAGAAUGUAUGUUGCUUUAAAGUAGACCUCUAGUGUGCAUGUGGUAUGUUUAGCACUUAUACUGUUUCUACAACCAGAUUCAUUACAGUCCAAAUCUGUUAACAUGAUGGAAGACUUUAAACUUUAAACUUUCCCCAUUUUUUUCUUAUGUUCUAAGUAACUGAGUUACUGAGUUUAUAAUUUGAUCUGUAGUUCAUGAAAUGAACAUAAAUGUAAUGUAAAUGAAUGUUUCUUCUAAUUGCAUUUUGCUGUAGCUUCUUGUUAAUUUAAUUCAAUUUUGUUUUACUAGCGCUUAUUUUUCCUCUUACUAUUGGAUAUCGUCUUUCAGACAUGGGAUUUAGUGGAAUAUUUUUCGAAUGCUUCUCUCGAUCGCUGAAUCCUUUGUCUCUGGACUGUUGUUAAAACCCAGACAAGCACCUUUUCACUCUUUGGUAAAGAUUUCUAUUUUCUUUGUGCAGAUUCUCCAUUAUUUUAGAAACAAUCAAUCUGUGGUUCAUGAAGAGAUCUCAGCACUGCAGAAGUCUUAUUCCCAUAAAGAUGAGUAAACCUUGAACAAAUUAAAAAAGAUUUUGCACUAUAUGUAUAUUGUGGUAUUUAGCUACUACAUUUACUAUCAAGAUAAAUGAAAUCUGUUUAUAAAAUGUACCUCAGGUGGGUAGUUUAUGGCUGAAUGUGUUCAUAUAAGUAAUUCAGUGUCUCUUUAUGAGUUACAUCUCGCUCUUCCAACCACUAGAUCGUGUCAUGUGGACGUCUCAGAUUUUACAAUUUGAAUAUAAAAUGGAAUUAGAAUAUACUUAAAUAAAUAACUUACUACCUUAACAGUUCAAGUUAUCAAGUUCGAGUUGUACAUGUACAUAGGGAAGCUAGAGUUGUGUUUGAGUUUUGCACCCAUGCAUUAAGAAGUGUUGCGUAAGUUGGUUUAAUGUGAACAUGUAAUUUCAGAUGCAGUGAACAUUUUGACCACAACACAAGGUUGUGUGUUUAAACAUGUUGAUGUGUGUUUAUCUGUACAGCGUAAAUAUUCACUAAUGCGCUGAUAGACUGCACCAUUUAGUUUUUCUCUAUGGGGUCAAAUAUUUGUGAACUGCAUUGUGUGUGUGUGUGUGUGUGUAUUUGUGUCCGUUUAGAUGUAUCCAGAUGUCUGUACUGUGUCAAAAUAUUUGUGUCAGUCAGUAUUAUUUCGAAAUUUCUUAUUUUUGUAAAAUACUUAAAGAACAUGAAUAGAUUUUUAUUUUUGUUACAUAGAGAUGAUUUUGUUGAUGAUAAACUAACAUUUAUCUUUUCUAAUAAUUGAGUUUUUUAGUUGAGUUGCUGUAAAAUGUUCUCCUUGUUGUCACGAUGUAAAACUAAUUGAAAACAGCCAUUAAAAAGUCAUGCAAACAUAAA